ACUGGCCUCGCGCCGGCGCCGAUAUUGGAGCUCGCGGUGCAGCGAAAGAGAGUGCGCUUGCGGAGAUCAAGUAGGGCAACAUCCUGCUACACAGUGCCUCAUUCAUGAAUUAGAUAACAGGGUUACGUUAAGGACAUACAGAAUGACGAAACAUCCACCAAAUAGGCGUGGACUUGAAUUUGAGGUGGGAGCUCAACUGGAAGCCCGAGACAGACUAAAGAACUGGUACGCUGGUACUAUAGAAGAUAUUGAUUAUGAGGAAGGAAAGGUGCUUGUCCAUUUCAAACGUUGGAAUCAUCGCUAUGAUGAAUGGUUUUGUUGGGAUAGCCCUUACAUACGGCCGCUGGAAAGGAUACAGUUAAGAAAGGAAGGAUUGCAGGAUGAGGAAGCACCAGUGGUUUUUCGAGUGAAUGAACAAGUUUUGGCAUGCUGGUCUGAUUGCCGAUUCUACCCUGCAAAAGUUGUGGCCAUUAAUAAGGAAGGUUCCUACAUGGUGAAGUUUUUUGAUGGAGUUGUGCAGAAUGUGAAAGGUAUUCACGUUAAAGCUCUUCCAAAGGAUGAGAAGAUCAAUAACGCUAAAAGCAUAGAGAAAGUUAAAGAUCAGACUGCCAUUCCUUCUAAAGAGACAACCGAAGAACUUAAAGUGAUAGAGAGUUCAAAGGAUGCCAAAAUGUCCAAAGUGUCAAAUAAUAGUAGGAAGCCAGAAAUGGAUAAUAAAAAGAGCAAAGAUGAAGAAACUGGGUCUGCACGAGGCUGGGACUUGAAAGAAAAUAGACGGGUGAAGGAAGAUAAGGAAAAUGUAUCAGAAAAUGAAAAGCGUAAACCAAAAAUGGAAAACAUGAUUGAUGAUAAGAAGGCUGAGAAAAGAGAUCAGAGCUCUCAAGAAAAAACUGAAAAAGAUAUGAGUAGUGCAGAAGGAAAGGCGGGUAAGAAAGACAUGGGAAGUACACAAGAAAUUGUUGAGAAGAGAGAAUUGAGGAGUGGACUAGAAAAGACUGUGAAUAGAGGAGUGACAGUCCUACAGGAAAAGGAAGAAAAAGACAUGAGGGCCAAGGAAAAGGCUGAGAAAAGAGACAUGAGGAGUGCACAAGAAAAAGGUGAGAAAAGGGACACAAGGAGUGCACAAGAAAAAGGUGACAAAAGUGACACGAGGAGUGCACAAGAAAAAGUUGACAAAAGAGACAUGAGGUGUGCUCAAGGAAGAGGUGACAAAAGGGACAUGAGUACACAAGAAAGAGGUGACAAAAGAGACACGAGAAGUGCACAAGAAAGAAUUGACAAAAAAGACACUAGGGGUACACAAGAAAAGGCUGAAAAAAGAGACACAAGGAGCGCGCAAGAAAAGGAGGAGAAGAGAGACAUGAGCACACAUGAAAAGACUGAAAAAAGAGACUCAAGGAGCGCCCAUGAAAAAGAGGAGAGGAGAGAGAUGAGGAGUGCUCAUGAAAACGAGGAGGGGAGAGAGAUGAGGAGUGCUCAUGAAAAGGAGGAGGGGAGAGACUUGAGGAGCACCCAUGAAAAGGAGGAGAGGAGAGACGUGAGGAGCGCCCAUGGAAAGGAGGAGAGGAGAGACAUGAGGAGCGCCCAUGGAAAGGAAGAGAGGAGAGACCCGAGGAGCGCCCAUGAAAAGGAGGAGAGGAGAGACACGAGGAGCGCCCAUGAAAAGGAGGAGAAGAGAGACACGAGGAGUGCCCAUGAAAAGGAGGAGGGGAGAGACACGAGGAGAGUCCAUGGGAAGGAGGAGAAGAGAGACGCAAGGAGCGCCCAUGGAAAGGAGGAGAGGAGAGACAUGAGGAGCGCCCAUGGAAAGGAGGAGAGGAGAGAGGUGAGGAGCGCCCAUGGAAAGGAGGAGAGGAGAGACACGAGGAGUGCCAGUGAAAAGGAGGAGAGGAGAGACACGAGGAGCGCCAGUGAAAAGGAGGAGAGGAAAGACACAAGGAGCGCCAGUGAAAAGGGUGAGAGGAGAGAGACCAGGAGUGCCAGUGAAAAGGAUGAGAGGAGAGAGACGAGGAGCGCCCAUGACAAGGAUGAGAGGAGAGAGACGAGGCACGCACAGGAAAAGAUUGAGAGUGCUCCAGGAAAGGUUGAAAAGAGAGACUUAAGGAAUGCACAAGAAAAGGGUGAUAAAAGGCAUUCCCAACAAAUGAUUGAGAAGAGAGAGACUAGGAGUUCACAAGAGGAGACUGAGAAGAGAGAGACCAGGAGUGCACAAGAGAAGUCUGAGAAGCGGGAGACCAAGAGUGCAGAAGAGAAGUCUGAGAAGCGAGAGACCAGGAGUGCACAAGAGAAGACUGAAAAGCGAGAGAUCAGGAGUGCGCAAGAGAAGUCUGAGAAGCGAGAGACCAGGAGUGUACAAGAGAGGUCUGAGAAGAGAGAGACCUCAAUUGUACAAGAGAAGUCUGAGAAGCGAGAGACUAGGAGUGUGCAAGAGAAAUCUCAGCAAGAGAAGCCUGAGAAGCGAGAGACCAGGAGUGCACAAGAGAAGCCUGAGAAGCUAGAGACCAGGAGUGCACAAGAGAAGCCUGAGAAGCGAGAGACCAGGAGUGCACAAGAGAAGCCUGAGAAGCGAGAGACCAGGAGUGUACAAGAGAAGCCUGAGAAGCGAGAGACCAGGAGUGCACAAGAGAAGCCUGAGAAGCGAGAGACCAGGAGUGCGCAAGAGAAGCCUGAGAAGCGAGAGACCAGGAGUGCACAAGAGAAGCCUGAGAAGCGAGAGACCAGGAGUGCACAAGAGAAGCCUGAGAAGCGAGAGACCAGGAGUGCGCAAGAGAAGUCUGAGAAGCGAGAGACCAGGAGUGCGCAAGAGAAGCCUGAGAAGCGAGAGACCAGGAGUGCGCAAGAGAAGCCUGAGAAGCGAGAGACCAGGAGCGCACAAGAAAAGCCUGAGAAGCGAGAGACCAGGAGCAGGCAAGAAAAGUCUGAGAUGCGAGAGACCAGGAGCGCUCAAGAUAAGUCUGAGAAGCGAGAGACCAGGAGCGCGCAAGAAAGGUUUGAGAAGCGAGAGACCAGGAGAGCGCAGGAAAAGUCUGAGAAGCGAGAGACAAGGAGUGCACAAGAAAAGACCGAGAAGCGAGAAACUAGGGGCACUCAGGAGGUGACUCCAAAAAGAGAGACAAGGGGCACGCAGGAUAUGGCUGAGAAGAAAGAGAUGAGGGGCUCACAGGAAAUGGCUGAGAAGAGAGAGAUAAGGGGUGUACAGGAGAUGGUGGAAAUGAGAAACAUUAGGAGUGCACAAGUGAUGUCUGAAAAGAGAGAGGCAAGGUGUGCAGAAGAGGUCAUUGAGAAGAGAGACUUCAGGAGCGUGCAAGAAAAGAUGAAGAAGAGUGCACAGAAGUGUGAGAAGGGAGAUGAAGAAAUGUCACCAUUACAUGCUGAUACAAAAGAUGACAUCUGUCCAACAGAAAGUACAGAGAAAGGAGAUGAGGCAGUCCCAUCACAAAGACUGGAGAGGAGUGACAAAAAUUUCCUUCCAGAAAAGGAUGAAAAUAGAGAUGAGAAAAGUCCACAAGAGCAGGUAACAAAGAACAGCAAAACAGAAGUGGACAGUAAAAUGGUCGUACAGGAAUCCACAGGAGAAGAUGGAGGAGUGACGCAAGACAAAGAACGUAAGGAAAAUAGGAGGAAGGAGGAUAAAGAAGAUGGUUCCAAGAGUGCCAAAUGUCAGUCAGAAGUAGAAAACUCGACUGGUGAUAAAAAUGAACACAGAGAUGUGAAAGAUUACCAAGAAAAGACAACAGAUAUCAAGCAUUUGGAAGUGGACAGUGAAACUGUCAAAGAAGCACCAUCAACAGUAGGACAAUGCAAGGAACCCAAGGAAAGCAUACUGAGAAUGGAAAAUAAGAAAAAUGUUUCACAAAGUGAAAAAUCUGAAUGUAAAGAAGAGGACACUAAACAAGAGAAAAAUGAGACAAGAGAAGUGAAAAGUUCUCAAGAAAAUUGUACUGAAGUAAAGCGAAAAAUGAGAAGUUCUCAAGAAAAUUGUACUGAAGUAAAGAGAAAAAGUGGAAGACUUUCCUGCAAUUCUUUAACAGGAAUCUUGGAGUUGAGGAAGCGGAAGAUAAAAGUACCUGCAGAGCCAGUGCAGCUGAAGCGUCCAAGGCAUGAAAAAACAGAAAGGUCAGCUGUAACAGCAGAGAGCAGUGAAUGUGAGCAGAACAAGAAGCGAUUAUCGCAGGUGCCUUGUGGUGAACAUCAGGACACUAAAGACUCACUUCAAAAAAACGGAAUGCCAGAUGACGUCCAGAUACCCGAAAUAGCAAACAUUGACUGCAAGGAACCAGAGAAUGUUCUUCCAGAACCAAAACAAGAAUCUCCAGAAUUGGCUGAAAAUGCACGGGCUGAGCAGAUGGAAAAGCCUUCAGAAAUCCCUGCAGUACCUGAUACGAAGGAUGGUGAUACCGACACAGAGCAAAAACCAAGCGAAGAGACUGAUGCAGUCCCUGAAUCUUCAGUUGGUUCUUCAGAAGUGAACAUUUCUUCUACUGAAACAGUUUCCAUUUUGAAACGGAUUCCUCGGUCUCAGAACCCCAACAAAUACAGUCGAGAGCCAUUAAACAGUUCCAUCAAAAGGUCAGAGGAUCAUGUGUCUGCUAAGACAAUGGGAAUUGAUUUGGACCACAGUAAUUUCAAGUGCAAGUUUACUGACUGUUCAAAGUCCUUCCGUAAAGCAAAACUGCUGCAUUAUCAUAUGAAAUAUUAUCAUGGAGUAGAAAAAACCCAGGAACUGGAGCAAGGCCCAACAAAAAGGGUUAUUCAGACUCGUGGUUCAUCUGCCUUAGGAAAAGUAGCUAACCCAGAAAGUCCCAAAAGACGACGUACAUCAUCAGGUUCUUCUUGUAAGUGUGAUGCAUCCCUUCACACAGCACAACGUAAUUUGUCUGCAUUGCCUUUGGAUCCUAAAGCUGUGAAAGUGUGUGAUAAGAAACGAACAUCAGUACCAUCUCCUGUUGGCAAUGUGACUUCUCCGCAGCUUUUGCUUCGAGAAAAGAGUAAAGAAAAUCAAGUUGAUAAAUUACACAGGAAACAGCAUGAGAAAGACAGAGAGAGAGACAGCAGUACUGAAACUGUGAUUAAAGAUAAGGAUAAAGAGAAGGACAAAGACAAAAACAGAGAAAAGAAAUUUAAAAACUUCCUAAGAAUAAAGUUGAAGAAAAAGAAAAAGAAGAAAAAGAAAUCAAAAUCUGAGUAUUGUGGAAGUGAGGAGAACAUAGACAUUUCUAGAGAUUUUCCACCAAGGAAGUCAGCUUUUAUGCCAACAAAACUUGGCUCCUUUCACAAAGUCCCCUUUUCACAAAAGAACAUAACCCUUUGUGGUUUAGACCCCGUGUGUCAGCGUGAGAAGAUAAGGCAUGAAGAAGACACCCUUAGUGACUCCUCUACAGACAGUUUGUUCUGGAGUGAUGAAGAGUACAACCAUGAUAUUGAUGUCACAACAAAUCCUGAUGAAUUCCAAGAUGGGGAGGAAGGAUACUUCGAGAUUGUGCGUUGCAUAUGUGAGGUGCAAGAAGAGAAUGAUUUUAUGAUUCAGUGUGAAGAAUGCAUGUGCUGGCAGCAUGGAGUCUGUAUGGGGCUUCUAGAAGAUAGUGUGCCAGAAAAGUACACCUGUUACAUUUGUCGACAGCCACCAGGUCAGCGGUCAAGUAUGAAGUACUGGUAUGACAAAGAAUGGCUGAAUCACGGCCACAUGCAUGGGUUAUCAUUCCUAGAAGAGAACUAUUCACACAUGAAUGCUAGGAAGAUUGUCGCCACACACCAGCUGCUUGGAGAUGUCCAGAGGGUUAUGGAAGUACUGCAUGGUCUCCAGCUGAAGAUGAACAUUUUGCAGAAUAAAGAACAUUCUGAUUUGAAGCUUUGGUGUCAGCCGUGGGAUUUAAGUACUGCAGAGGAAAAGUUUCAGAAUCAGCAAAACAACCCCACUGAGGGGAACACUCGUAGGGAAAACUCUGCCAUUUGCAGGACUUUAAAUGGCAUUGCAGAAAUAUCACACCGGGUUCCCUCUGUGCAGGAGUCCUAUAUUACCAGUGAACACUGCUACCAAAAGCCACGAGCAUAUUACCCUGCAGUUGAGCAGAGACUAGUUGUGGAGACACGGGGGUCAUCCAUGGAUGAAGGUGUGAACAGAAUAAGGGAAAAUGGGGAUGAUGCAUUAGCAGAAAGGCUAGGUUGGGAACUGAACAGAGAAUUAAGUAAAUCAGAGUGUGAAUCCAGACAGAGCUACUUUAAGGCUAGUGAGACUUUGUUGAAAAAAGCCCCAUCAGAAGAAGACAUCAAUGUGAAACUCGAAGAAGAGGAAAUUGAAAGUAUAGAAAGUCCUCAGCUUCAGUGGCAGCUCAACUUACUGACUCAUGUGGAGUCCGUGCAGGAUGAGGUCACCCAUAGAAUGGAUGUUAUUGAGAAAGAGCUAGAUGUUUUAGAAAGUUGGCUGGAUUUUACAGGAGAGUUAGAACCACCGGAGCCACUUGCAAGGUUGCCGCAGCUGAAACAUCAUAUAAAGCAGCUUCUUACAGACUUGGGAAGAGUACAGCAGAUUUCAGUUUGCUGUGCUACGUGAGGACAAAGCAUUGGUCAUUGACACGGACACUGAUCUGAAUGGUCAACGUUUGCAGUUUCAGCUGGUGUAGUAAUUUGUGCAUCAGCAGUAACUUCAAGGAUCUGCAUGGAAUGUAUAUGUUUUUCCGUUCAGGUCAUACUGGCAGAUGGUUGUUUCCUUCACUCAUCUUCUGAUAUUUACCAGGACAUUUUUAAUUGUAACCAGUACUUUUGUUCACCUGCUUGGUCUUAUGAGUAGGGGUUGCCUUUGUUGCAGAUUUAUAGUAUGGUCUGGACUACUUCCAUGCUGCAACAAUGCUUUGAAAUUGUAAUAUCUGUAAAAUAUUGUACAUAAUAAUGCUUGAGUGUAUAUUAAUAGAAUUGAAAUUGAAGUACAGAAUCUGAAAAAGCUAAAUAUGAGUAAUUUAAACCAUACUUCACUUUUCUCUAAAUCGUAAACUUUUUACAAGUUGCAUAAAACAGGUUGGGUCAGUUUGAUUUGACAUUUUGUGCCAGCUGAAGGUUAUGUAAUUUUUCAGUGUACAAACCAGCUAGCCCCACAUGUAGUAGUUGACUGUUUUUAUGAUGGAGCUGUACAAGAAAGGUUGUUAGCACAUGGGACAUGUCUGUGUUUAAAAUUGGUUAUAGGUUAUUGUUUGAUAUUCACUGUCCUGCAUCAGGGAUCAAUUCUGGCAGGUAAUCAUUUUUCAUAUAUGCACAUCAAUUUAUUUCCAGUACAGAUACUGUUCGUCAUUUCUGAACUGUAUGGACUUGGUACUCCUCAGGUUCUUUGUGUUAAGACUGUGACCAUAAACAACUCACUUUAAUCAUCUUUGUGCUCUUUUGCAGUGCACCUACCAGCUUAAUCUCUGUGCAUUUGCUGACCCAAACGUUUAUUAAAUUAAAAUAUUUUCAUUCAGUUUAUUCUGGUUUCUCUUUGCCUGUGAUUCAAAGCUGUACAUUAAAAAGGGAUUUCCUUGUU